GAGUAUUUGGCUGCUGCUGCUGUACAUUCCCACACGAGGACGAUAAAGCCAACUUAGCUGAGCUAUCGUUACGCGAUGGCCAUGUCUACGCAGCUCAGUGGGGCCUCACACCUGGCAAAAAAAAAAAAAAGUUUAAUUAGUUGGUUCAUAGUCUAACCAACACCGAUUCCGACUCCCGACGACUCGGUCGCAGGGGGAGGACGUGGCGGCUCACGAGAGGAGCGGAGGCACCGCGGUGGAGCCGCCCUCGCCCCUGGGCUUUGUGUUCGGCCUGCGCACGCCGGAGCGAGUCUACGUGCUGGAGGCCGACUCGGCGCACGAGAUGCACGCGUGGGUGAAGGCGCUGCGUCAGCUGUGUGGGCAACCCGAUGGCACCAAACCCGCCGACCAAUCGAAAUCUCCAAGCCCGGCCUACUCCGCCAACGCCGGCCAAUCGGGAGGCUCCUCUCAUCCCAGGUCCGGCGCCAUCUCCAAGAGCACAUCGGCCAUUUUCCCGGUCCCUGCCCGGAGCCAUGCCCCCUCAAAGGGUGGCCACGCCCCCUCCCCGGGCCACGCCCACUCACUCGACCAAUUGUACGGGGCGGAGCAGAGGCUCCACCCACAUCGUCUGCGCAGCCAAUCGCAGCCCAGCAGUGCGCUGGGCGUCCCGCCCAGAAGCCAGGGGGGAAGCGAGGGUGACGAUCCUACGUACCUCACCCCCAGGACCAUGUCAAUGCCCACACAGCCGCGCGUCGCUCCCCUCUCCUCGCCACCCUCGCUAGUGGGGGGCACGACCCUCGAGAACACGGGCCCAGAGGAGGUGGCUGACGAGGUGGGGGGCAGCUACGUCUUCAUGAGGGGCAAUGACUACGUCCCCAUGUGCCGGGGGGCACCCCCCACCCCCUGGAUCCCGGCUGGGGGCCCCCAGCCGCUCCACCUCCACGGGGAGCGGCUCCCCCCGCAGCAGCAGCAGCAGCAGCUGGCCAUGGUGGAUCUGGUCCCAGGGAUGAUGUCUCUGUGGAAGCCACCGUCCAUGUCUCUGUCUCCUCCACCGAUCAACCGUGACCUGAAGCCGGUGCGGCCCGGGGCGCAGACGCGGAGUGGCGGAGCCUCCCCCGGGCCUCAGGCAGAGGCACCGUGGAGCUCACCGAGGAGCUCCGAGCCCACUGAGACCCAGCCGCCCUGGGACACCGAGAAAGACGGAUACAUCCCCAUGAGCUGCAUGGUGACUGCUGCUUCGCACGUAAACUACCUGGACGUGGACGUGGAGGCUCGGGGGAUUACGAACGCACCGGUGGGGGUGCUGCCCCCCUCCCCCCCGUCCCCGCUGGUGCUGGCCUUGUGCCGGGUGGACUACGUGACGGUGGACCACGAGCGCACGCUCGCCCUGCAGAGCACACGCCACGAGUGGAGGCACGCGCGUGACGCCCUCUGAUAGUCCACCUCCUAAUCCACCACCGCCAGGGUGGACAAUCACAGCCAGCCCGUGUCUCACCAACUCACCACCACCACCACCAGGGUGGACAAUCACAGCCAGCCCGUGUCACCAACUCACCACCACCACCAGGGUGGACAAUCACAGCCAGCCCGUGUCACCCACUCAC